ACUAAAGCUAAAGCUGUGCCGACUCAUCGCCUUAAAAAUUUCUUCAAAAAUAACAUCAUAUUCCUUCCGUUCGCAGGAAAUAAACGGGUGGUAAACUAAGUAGCGGUAAUUAAGAGUGUUGGCAAAAUGAUUAUAACGUUAAAAAACCUGCAGCAACAAACGUUUACCGUCGAGAUUGAACCCUCGAAGACGGUAAAGGACCUCAAAGCAAAAAUAGAAGCUCAAAAAGGACUUCCCGCCCAGCAUCAAAGGUUGAUAUAUGCCGGGAAAAUAUUAAUAGACGAGCAGCCUCUGACAGAGUAUAAUAUCGAUGAGAAGAAGUUUAUAGUUGUUAUGGUUUCGAAACCAAAGGGUGGAGUUUGUCCAAGCACGAGCGAAGAGAGUAAAGCUGAAGGUGAUAGCAGCAAAGAACAGACAACAAAACCAAGCAUAGCAGCGACACCUUCGGAAUCCAGUCCAACAACUGGGGCACAAACAACAUCACAACCAGCUCAACCAGCUGCAACGCAACAGGCGGAUUCAGCGCAGCCAACUAUAACAAUAACGGGUCCAGAGGGUCAAGCAGAAGGUGCACUGCUUACGGGCGAACAGUACAAUGUCAUGGUGACCAACAUUAUGGAAAUGGGGUAUCCUCGAGAACAAGUUGAGCAGGCGUUACGGGCGAGCUUUAACAAUCCAGACAGAGCUGUAGAAUACCUUUUAACAGGAAUUCCGUAUCAGCUGUUGGAUGAUGCGGCCGAGGAGCCAGGAGAAGCUCAGGAUCCAGUUGUUGCUGAUCAGGGUCAAGAUCCACUUGCCUUUUUACGCUCCCAGCCACAGUUUCAACAGAUGCGACAAGUCAUUCAACAAAAUCCACAGCUAUUAAAUGCUGUCCUGCAGCAAAUCGGCCAAACCAAUCCCGCACUUCUUCAACUCAUUUCCCAAAACCAAGAAGCGUUUGUCCGCAUGCUUAACGAACCCGCUGGAGCCGCUGGUGGAACGCCAGCGGCUGGAGCUCCAGUUGCAGCAGCAGGAAACACAGCGGCCGUUCCUGCCCCAGGAAGUGGGGCGGCGGGAACGACUCCAGCUGUGAUUCAGGUCACUCCUCAAGACAAGGACGCGAUCGAGAGACUAAAAGCCCUCGGAUUUCCCGAGCAUCUCGUCGUUCAAGCCUAUUUUGCAUGCGAGAAGAACGAGAAUCUCGCCGCCAAUUUUUUACUCUCUCAGAAUCUUGACGAUUGAAAAAUAAUAAGAAAGUGGUAACGCGGUAUAAUGUUAGGAAUCUGGUACAGAACGGGUAUCACUUCGUUGUUGAUUUAGGAAGGUGCAUUUGACCUGUUCUUUUUUUUUUUAUAUAUAUAUAUAACUCUGUUGCAUCAAUCGGUUCGAGUAUCUCCUCAAUUCCCGUUCAAUAUUCGAUUUGUCGAACAAAGCAGUCCAAAAUCCAGAAAAAUUCACUGACAACAAUUGCGCAAAUUUCACAUUGAAGAAUCUUUGAUUAACCCUUAUUCCUUGGACUUUGCUUCGUGAGAAAAAAUCUGAUUAAUUUAUAAAGGACAAAAUCGUUUUCAGGGGAAUUUUGAAGGGAUUUUGUAUUUCUCUUUCUUUCUUUCUUUUUUUUUUUUUUUUUUGCGUGGAGAAACCCAACGAGAACACAGGAAGAUAUAGGCACAUUUAAUGAGUGAUGUGUGCGUAUGUGUGAGCUUCAGCGUGCAGCACGCCCACGCUCUUGUUUGCUUGGCGUGCGUCUAUAAUGUAUUUGUAUAUAUGUAUAUACGUCUUGUGUUUUCAUUGAAUUUUCCGACGCAAAAAGUCUCUCUGUACAUACUUAUGUACGAAAAGAAGAACGGACUCUUUUGAAAUAUCGUAAAUAAUUCUGCAAAGUUGUUUCGAAACAACUCAAUCCGCGUUGUUAAGAUUUUUCUUCUUCUUUUUUUUUUUUUUUUUCUUCCCUCCCUCAAAAUCUCGAGAUAUUUUCAUCGGCGAUUGCAGCAUCACAUUCUCGACUAAUCGCGAGUUAAAUGUUGAAAUAAACAAAGAAACAAAAAAAAAAUAAAUAAAUAAAAAAUAACAGAUUAUUUAAAUGAUAAAUAAUGAUACAAGAACAUUAACUAUCUAAUCUGUAUUUAUUAACCGUUCGCGGUUAAGUUAGAGAGCCUAAUUUUUCUCAAAGACUUGGACUAUACAUAUUCAGUUUAAAAGGAAUUUGUAUGGAGCUUAUCUUUGAUAAUCAACAAUGUUACGAGAUUGAUGAGUAACAGAGAAAAUUGAGAAAAGUGCAGAUAUUCAACGAGAUGCUUAUAAAUAAGCGUCGCUUAAGUAGUAUAGCUCUGGCGCUAGUUGACCAUUUACCGACCGAUGGUAAUUACCUGGUGUCGGUAACUUGGAAUAGAAUCUUGCUCGGUCGGUAAGUGGUGUAUAAUAGCGCCACAGCUGUACUACUCACUUACAAUUAGUAAAGUCAAAAUUAGAAAUGUAAUGAAAAGGUAGCACGCACAAAAGACAGUUAUGUGCAUACUUUUUUCAUAUUUUUGGUGGCCAUGAGUUAUAUUUGUUGACAAGACUCGACUGCUUUUUUCUAUCUCCUUUUUUUUACAAUAACACGGAUAUUUUAGUUUGAUUUUUCUUUUCGAAUGGGGAAAAGUGAUAGCUAUUAAUUUGAAACGUGAUAGAUUUUGCUUGAAUAUCAGCAGAGAAAUGUAAAAGGAAGGAGACAAACUAUUUGAAUAAAUGUUUCGAUUAAAAGCAUUUUCAGGAAUUGUGUAAUAGAUUUCAAGAUUUUAUGUAACAUUUUUUAACUAGUUACGACAGGACGAAAUUUUUGCGAAAAAUAUCGUUUGCUUUCUCUUUAACAGCAAAAAGCGUUAACAAUAAGUGCGCGAUUAUUCAGGUUUCAGUUUCAAAAUUAGACUUUGAUUUCGGUCUUACAAAGCAAAGACACUUGUAAUACUUAUACAUAUACAUAGAAUCAAUAAAUACUUUAAGAUUUUCAAAUAAAAAAUAUAAAAUA